AUGGAGCCAUCAUCAGUGGAAGAACUUUUCCGUUCGUGUCCACUUGAUGACACUAUUCGAAAUUUGAUUGGGACAUCAGACGCGUUUCGUUCAACGCCUAAUCCUCUCGAUAUACUCAAUAACGACAUAAACAAAAAAAACAAGCAGCUAGGAAUAUCAAUUGAAGAUGACGACAGAAGCGAAUGGGAUCAAUAUUUCCCAGAAGGUGUUCAAUCAAAAAAUAACACUGAUGAAUACAUCACCCAACAAGUUAUUGAUGAUCGAGCCACACUCUGGCACGAGCGACCUACUGUGGAUCAAGAACCGCUACCGUCCAGACCUGUUCUACUUUCCAAAUCAGUUACGACUGAAGCUUUGCAUAAACCAAAAGAUUUCACUCCUAAACUGAGAAUUGUUCAUCCUCUGGAGGAAGACUAUAAAGCCCGAUAUAAAAGCGAUUAUAAUCCUCAAAAUGGCAAAAAUCGUUUCCCACGAUAUGUCACUGAUGCACUUGGCAACCACUAUGUGUUAUUAGAGAUUACCCCCGGUACAGAAGGUUUCAUACGUGCCGACUGGGUUACAAUCGGGCACAGUAAUAACACACGCUGCUUAAUGUCCUACCUAUUUCAAACCGAGGACAAACACAAUGGACGGCAAUAUUGUAACCCGGUAUAUAUUCCUAUCGAAACCGAUCAAUCAGGUCAUAUGAUGUUACAACUGGUAUUGAUAAAGUCAAAACAAGACGAAUUGAAAGGCCUCAAUCAAUUGCAGUUGUUUCCACCGAGGGAAGGAUCGGAAAGUUUUAUAGAAUUUACCCCAAUGUCGCCGAAAAACUUGAUUCGGUGCCUUCAGUUGGACAAAUCUCAGUUAGCAUUCACACUCUGUUUGCCCGAUCCAAGCGGGAAACCGUGUACACCUAAUUGGGAAACAACUGUUUAUUCCACAAUUAUGACCGAACAAUCAUGUGACAGUUCAAAAAAAACGACAUCAUGGAAAGGCAGCGAAGAAACGAAAAAAAUAAUUCAUCGUAAAAAAAAACAAACGAUAAAAAAAAACAACCGUCACCGUUUUACUGGCUUUUAUAUUCUGUUUCAUAAACAUAUUUACUUGUGUUUCUUUGUUUAA